AAAUCAUUUACUCCUUGGCCUUCACAUGUAGCUUACCAUACCAAAUAUCGUAAGUUGAAUUUGCAACAUUCGAGAUUCGUCUGUCGAUUGGGGAUCAAAUCUGACGCAAGAAAAUGGAUGUCAAGAUCAUCAAUGCCAAAUCCGGCAAGGAGAUGCUAACGCUCCAUAAUCUGAACAAGGCAGUGACCAUUGAUCAUGUGAAGGAAGGUUUCUAUCAGAAUAAUAGGAAGUACUACCCGGAUAGGCAGGCAUUCAGGACCGAGCCUAAGGGUAAAUCUUUGAAGGGCGAUGAUACCCUGGGAUCCCUGGGUAUCACUCAUGGUGACAGUCUGUACUUCAAGGAUCUAGGCCCACAGGUUGGAUGGACUACUGUGUUCAUGACAGAGUACUCUGGUCCUCUGUUUGUCUACCUGCUCUUUUACCUGAGGCCUUCAAUCAUAUAUGGAGCUGAUGCAUCUCUGCCUCGCACACUAGUAGCAAACCUUGCUAUGGGAUGUUGGACCCUUCACUAUGGCAAGAGACUUCUUGAGACGCUCUUUGUUCAUCGCUUCUCUCACGCCACUAUGCCUAUCACCAACAUCUUCAAGAAUUCUAUAUACUACUGGGGAUUUGCAGCCUUUGUUGCCUACUUCAUGAACCAUCCUCUCUACACUCCACCCUCUUUCGGAGAUAGUCAAGUCUACUUUGGGCUCUUCAUGUUCUUGCUAUGUGAAUACGGGAACUUCUGUAUCCACGUUGUCCUGCGUGACCUUCGACCUCCUGGCACCAAGGAGCGCCGUAUCCCUUACCCGACUGGUAACCCCAUGACCCAGAUGUUCCGUUUUGUCAGCUGUCCUAACUACACCUACGAGACACUGGCAUGGGUUAGCUUUGCAAUCAUGACACAGUGUCUACCAGUACUUCUGUUCUGUCUAGCUGGGUUUGGUCAGAUGGCCAUCUGGGCCGGUGGCAAGCAUCGUAACUACAGGAAAGAAUUCAAGGAGUAUCCAAGGGGCAGGAAAACUAUCCUUCCACUCCUCCUCUAAGCGCCCUUUCACCAUUUACCCCUCUCCUUUUACACCCUCUUUUGACCCCCUUC